AUGACAUCCACAAACAAACUACCAGCAUUAAAAGAAGACAUUUUAGAACUUAUUGGUAAUACUCCAUUAGUUAAAUUAAACAAAAUUCCACAAUCGUUGGGUAUAAAAGCCAAAGUUUAUGCCAAAGUUGAAUUAUUCAAUGCCGGAGGAUCAAUUAAAGACAGAAUUGCCAAGAAUAUGGUAUUGGAAGCUGAAAAACAAGGUAGAAUUAAGCCAGGUUAUACUUUGAUUGAACCAACUUCAGGUAACACUGGGAUUGGUUUGGCUUUGGUGGGUGCCGUUCGUGGAUACAGAACCAUCAUCACUUUACCAGAAAAAAUGUCCAAUGAAAAAGUUUCUGUUUUAAAGGCUUUAGGUGCCGAAAUUAUUAGAACUCCAACUGAAGCGGCAUGGGAUUCUCCAGAAUCUCAUAUUGGUGUUGCUAAAAAAUUGGAAAAAGAAAUACCAAACUCUGUUAUUUUGGAUCAAUACGGUAACCCAGCUAACCCAGAUGCUCACUAUUAUGGAACUGGUUAUGAAAUUUGGGAACAAACUGAGGGUAAAAUUACUCAUUUAAUUGCUGGUGCCGGUACUGGUGGUACUAUUACUGGUAUUUCCAAGUACUUGAAAGAAAAGAAUUCCAAGAUCCAUGUUACUGGUGCUGAUCCAAAAGGUUCUGUUUUAGCUCAACCAGAAUCUUUAAACACUUCUACUGAAGGUUACUUGGUUGAAGGUAUUGGCUAUGAUUUUAUCCCAGAUGUGUUGAACAGAAAAUAUGUUGAUGAUUGGAUCAAAACAGACGAUGCUGAAUCUUUUAAAUUAGCUAGAAGAAUUAUUAGAGAAGAAGGUAUUUUGGUCGGUGGAUCUUCUGGUUCUGCCUUGCAAGCUGCAUUACAAGUUGCUAAAGACUUGACUGAAGACGAUGUUGUCGUUGUCGUUUUCCCAGAUUCUAUCAGAUCUUACUUGUCUAAAUUUGCCGAUGACGAAUGGUUAAUCUCCAAUGGGUUUGAAGUUGAAGACUCACCAGCUGCCAAUAAGACUGAUGAAUUUUUGAAUGGCAAAACUAUCAAAGAUUUGGUUGCUGGAAAGGCACCUGUUGUCACAGUUACUUUAUCCGAUACUGUUUCCAAGACUUUCGAUUUAUUGCAAUCCAAUGGGUUUGAUCAAUUGCCAGUUUUGAACAACUCUGGAAGAUUAGUUGGUUUGAUUACCUUAUCCAAGAUAUUGAAAUCUUUAUCCACGAAAAAGAUCCAAAUGACCAAUUCAAUCAGUUCGAUCAUUAUUGAUUUCAGAAAAUUAGCUGACUUUGAAAAAUCUUUUACCAUCACUAAAAAAUCAGGAUUCACAAAGAGAGGGUACGAACCAAUCAAGUUGGAAACUCCAUUGGCUACUUUGAAUAAGUUCUUUGAAACCCAUUCCAAUGCUAUCAUUACUGAUGACGAAUUGAAACCUGUUCAAAUUGUUACCAAAGUUGAUUUGCUUUCAUAUUUGACUAAAAAUGCUAGUUUUUAA